CCUGAAUCGUGUUCACCUGAGAUUUCGCUAUGACCAGGAACGAGAGAGGCUGAAUAAGUUGUGAAAUACGGUGUCAUCUAAGAUCGAGCGACCACACCACACAUACCUCAGCUCUUCCCCCCACAACAUCAGCUCUCCCUCUUCCCAUCAUGGCUACCUCUAUGGACCAGUCCACUCUUCUAGAAGAUGAGCUCACCUGUCCCGUGUGCUUGGACCUGUUCCGGGACCCCCACCUGCUGCCCUGCGGCCACAACUUCUGCCUCCUGUGUGUCCGCCGCCUCAAACGCCAAGCGGAGCGAGGCCGCUUCCGUUGCCCCGAGUGCCGAGAGAGCCACCGCUGCUCCGCAGCCUCCCAGAAGAACUUUAAGCUUGCCAACAUCGCAGACGACUUCCGCUGCAGGGGACAGGCAGCAUCGUCAAGACAACAACAACCAGGCGGCUGCCCGGCAACAGCCAAGACCCCCAUGUCCGUGCCCUGUGACUACUGCUCUCCAGGGGACACUAGCAAGGCGGGGAAACAGGAACCUGGGGCUGGAGUGGAGGUAGCGGUGAAGACGUGUCUGAAAUGCGAGGUGUCCAUGUGUCAGGAACACGUGAAGCCCCACCUGGAGCUGCCUGCGUUUAGGGAGCACCCGCUGACAGAACCCCUGGGGGACCUGAGGAAGAGGAAGUGUCCCGAACACGAUGAGAUGUACCGCUAUUACUGCAUGGACGACCGGGUGUGUGUCUGCAAUGCCUGUACCAUAGAGGGGGGCCACGCCGGACACACCAUCAAGACCCUGAAGAACACCAUGAAGGAUCUGAAGGGCUCUCUGGAGACCCAGCUACAGAAGGUGGACAGGAAGCUGAACAAAGCAGAGAGAAAUCUCCAGGAGCAGAAAGAACAAGAACGACUGAACGAGAGGUUCCUGGAGGGCUCAGACCAGCGGGUCACAGCCUUGGGGGAGGUGUUACAGGUCCAUCUGGAGGGAUUCCUCACCUCCCUCAGGGACUGUUCCUGCUCCCACGGGGUCGAGUGUAGCUCCAGCAUCCAGCGAAACAUAGCCAAGGCGGUCCAGGACCAGUCCCGGCUGCAGGAUGUCCACAGUGGCAUCCAGACCCUCGCCCAGGAGAACGACCCCUUCUGCUUCCUGGAGGCGUACAAGUCAACAAGCAAAAAUUUCUGCAGGCAGUUGAAGAAACCCCUGUUCCACCCAGAGUGUGCUUGCGUGGACUCAGACGGCCUGGCCGAGUCAAUGGAGGCUAAACAGGAAGACUUCCUCACUGAAGUACACUCUCACGUCUCUCACUUCAUCAACGAGCUCUGUCCUGUAGUCAGGGUAGAGGAGGACAGCGGAGGAGAGGAGGAGGAGGAGGACGAAGAUGAUGACGACAGCAGUGAUGGAGAUGAGCAAGAAGAAGCUGAGGAGAUGAGGAGUGAGGAAGAGGAGGGUGUACACGACCAGAGUGAGUCAGCAGACGAACUUUACAGUCCCGACGGUCAGGAAGACGAGGAGGAUGAAGAAGAAGAGGAAGAGGAGAGUCAUUCAGACUGAUGAAAUGACUUCCAUUUAAGUCAGAUUUUCAGUCAAAAAGUCAUGCAUUGAUGUCAGUGGGAGAAUAAUGUGUGAAAAUAUUACUUUGGAUUUUUCCAUAUAUUACCAAAAUAACCAUUUUGGGAAACCUUUUCAAUAUUAUACAUCAAUGUUUAGAAGGGGAGAUGUUUGUGUAUUAUCCCAAAUGGCACCCUAUUUGUUAUAUAGUGCACUACUUUUGACCAGGGCCCUACAUAGGCAAAAGGGUGCCAUUUGGGACGUAGACAAUUUUUCUAAAGUUCAGGUUGAUACUGGAAUAACAAACACUUGAAACUGGGCUUCUCAUUCUAACCUCAUACGGUUUUGUUUUUAACUAAAGCACUUUUGAUGUGCCCAACCGCUCUGUUGCAGACCUGGGUCCAAGUAGUAUUUGACAUUUUUGAAAUUCUUUUCUGCGUUUGCUUUGUAGUGUAGUUUUGUAUCUAUUCUAUUGCUUCCGUUAAACCAGGCAAGCUCGAUCAAGCGCAGAUGGAAGUAUUUGUAAUAAUUUCACCUAGUAUUUGAACCCAGGUUAGGGCUGUAUUAUGUCUUCUCUGGAAGACAUGUAUUAUACAAAUAAAGGCAUUUAAAUUAAUUAUAUAAAGAGAGCCUUGGUCCUCCUUUCUUUAUGAUGACCAAUUUACACCUUUUACCAAAGAGCACCUUCUGUCUACCAGAAUCUACUAUUGUGUACCUUAGCAGCGCUUCCCUUCUUUUUUUCUACUAUGUAUUAUAAGGUGUUUAUUAUUUGAUGGCAUUUUGAUAAAUAAUUAUACAUAAUAUAAAUAAUUUAAGUGUUGCACUGACCACUGGCAGAAAUGAAUUUCUUCAUAAACAACAAUGGGCUCAGGACUAAUUAUUCACCAUUAGUGCAUUUAGGUAGCAUGGUCCCAGAUCAGAUCUGUUUGUGCGGUCUUGCCAGCUCCAAUAUUAAUGACCAUCGGAGUUGGCCAGACAGCAGAAAUAGAUCUGGGCUAGCAUUUAGGUGUAUAUGUGUAACCAGACAAAUGUGAGUGUGUGUCCUGACUAUUCUGCUUGAUGUGAAUUUAUACCAAAGAAAGUUAGGUGAUAGAAUGAAACCAAAGAAUACUUAAGAAACGGGUGGAUGAGUAUGUGAAGCGUGGGUGUUUUGAAAGUUAUGUAAAAGAUGGUGAGCUAUAUGUUUAUCAGUCUGUUGUUUAAUAAUUAAUUGUUCUUACAGUAUUAUGUUUUUAAUCAGUUGCACAUCUGGGUCGUAUUCAUUAGGCACCAAACGGGGGGAGGGGGGGGGAACGGACUGAAACAGGGAGAGAUCUACCAGAACUGGUCCAAUAAGUAGCCCUUGUUCUCCUUUUGCGUUUUGAAAUGGUGUGCACUAAUGAACAUGACCCAUGUCUCAUGACUUGUAGUUCGGAGAAACAUUUGUAGGCCUACUUCUAAUGGUUGCAGCAAUAGAUAACUUGUUACUUUAGACAUGUUUUGUAUCAUUAUCCAUUUGCACAGUUCUGAAAAGAACAUGGUGAUAAAUGGCUUUUUUGUCCUGCAAGGGAUUUAAAAAAAUGUGAUUUGAAAAAUAUAUAUAAUAUUUUGGGGGUGUUUUCAUACUGGUGAUUUUGAAUGUGGUAAAAUUGUCAUUCUAUCCAGCCGAUAAACUCAGCAUGAAUGUUAUAAAAAAAUAUACAUAUAUAAAAAAAUGCUAUGUGCUAUUAUUAUUACAUUUCAUUAACUUCUUUCAGACGACCACAUAUUAUGUUUACAUUAAACAGUCAAACUGCA